UGCGCGCGUUACGAACGGUUCAGAUUGCCGCGUGUUCGUGUGUGUGUGUUGUCGUCGUCGUCGUCGCAUCGUCGCCGUCAUCAUUGUCGCCGCCACCGUCAACGUCGUCGUCUACUUUGGCGUAGUCGCAGUCGCAGUUCGUGCGAAACUGUGUAAAUGUACGUGUAUGUGCACAAUAAAAUGGCAGCAGAGAAAAUGCUCAGCAAAAAUAUAAGAAGCGGCAAACCUCAUUGAAAAUAUAAAAUAAGAAAAUAACAACGAAAACUUUUUUGCCAAGUGCACACAUACAAUAAAACAAAAAGCCGAAGAAGCAGAAACAAAAAACAAAAUAACCGAAAAAAGUGAGAAAAAAAUUAAAGCAGCAGCAGCAGCAGCCGCAGCGGCAAAGUAACAGACAAGCUACAGCAACAACAACUGGCGCAAAUGAAGCAAAGGCAGCGACGAUCAUUGGCGUCGUCGCUGCGGCGCACCAACAAAAUACCAGCAGCAACAGCAACAACAACGACAGCGACAGCGCCGUCAGCAGCAGCUUGGCUUAAAAUGCCGUCGACGACAGCGCUGCUUCUGUUGUUGCUUUUCGGCUUGGACAGCUGCUCAUGUUACGCGGAUGCUAUACCCCAACAACAGCAGCAACAACAACAAUCGCCACAGCAGCAGCCGCUGGUGCAGCAACAAAAACAACAACAGGAGGCGCCACACUUUACAACGCAUCCUUCGUCAUCGGGAUCCAUUGUUAGCGAAGGACGAACGAAGAUUUUACAGUGUCUUGCGCUCGGUUCGCCACAGCCCACAUAUCGCUGGCUCAAGGAUGGCGCUCCCGUUGCCGAUUAUUCAUCCAGUCAAUUUUAUCGCAUUCACAUCACAAGACGCGAGGAUGCCGGCAGCUAUCAGUGCAUUGCCAGGAACGAUGCUGGAUCUAUACUGAGUGAAAAAAGCGACGUUGUUGUUGCCUAUAUGGGCAACUUUGAGAACAGCACCGAGGGCCGCUUAAACGUUGUCAGCGGUCAUGCGGCCAUCUUUGAUAUGCCCCAAAUCGAUUCGAUACCACGACCAUCGGUCGACUGGCAAACAGCCGAAGGGCCGCUCAACUAUGACAUCAAAUACGCGACAACGCAUGCCAAUCAAUUGAUCAUACUCAGCGCCCACGAGGACGAUGCGAAAGCGUAUCGCGCUCGCGCAAUGAACACACAACUGGGCAAGGAAGAGAUGAGCGCCUAUGUGCAUUUGAAGGUCACCGGCGAUCCGUUCAUUGAGAUUGCACCCGAGAUCAUUGUGCCGCCGCAGGAUCUGAAGUUGAAGCGUGGCGAGAGUUUCGCUGAACUCCAAUGCAUUGCCAAUGCUCGACCUUUGCAUGAGCUCGAAAUGAUUUGGCUGAAGGAUGGCAUCCCGGUGGAACAAGCAGGCAUUGCACACACCCUCAAUGAUCCCUGGAAUCGCACCCUUGUCCUCCAGCAGGCAAACAGCUCGCAUGCCGGCGAUUACAGUUGCCAGGUGCGUUUACGCAGCGGUGGCUAUCAGACUGUGACCGCCACAGCUCGGGUCAUUGUCCUCGAGCCUCCGAUGUUUGUCAGCUCAAUGCGAGCGGAGACCUUCGGGGAUUUUGGUGGCCAGGUGUCGUUGCCCUGUCACGUUGUUGGCGAUCCCAUGCCCAAGAUUCAAUGGUUUCGCAAUGCCGAACGCAUCGAGGCGCAGCUGCAAAGCGGCGGAUAUGAACUGCAAGCGGAUAAUACGCUGAUAAUUAAAAAACUGACACUCGACGAUGAGGGAAUGUUCCAAUGCCUGGCGAACAACGAGGCUGGCGAGAAGUCCGCCUCCACCUGGCUGCGAGUGAAAACAGCAAGCAAAAGUGAUGCGGCAGCUGCUUUGCUGUCGAAGCCGCGCGUGAAGCGUUUGGCGCAACCGCGCAUCUUGCGGGUGAGAGCAUCGCAUGCUGGCAUGGGAUCGGGAUCGGGAACGGGAUCUAGCUCGAGAAGCAGCUCGAGCCAGGGCAUGGGCACGGGCUAUAAACGCAAGGAAUUUCGCUUUGCCUCCGCACCAGUGAUGGAACAACCGCCACAAAAUGUGACCGCAUUGGAUGGCAAGGAUGCGACCAUCUCGUGUCGCGCUGUCGGCGCCCCCAACCCGAACAUUACCUGGAUCUACAACGAAACGCAACUGGUUGAGAUGUCGAGUCGUGUGCAGAUCCUCGAAUCGGGCGAUUUGCUCAUCUCGAACAUUCGCUCCUCCGAUGCGGGUCUCUAUAUGUGUGUGCGUGCCAACGAGGCGGGCACGGUCAAGGGCGAGGCCUACCUCGGUGUUCUGGUUCGGACACAAAUCAUACAACCGCCGGUGGACACAACGGUAUUGCUUGGCCUGACCGCAACGCUGCAGUGCAAGGUGUCCAGUGACCCGAGUGUGCCAUAUAAUAUCGACUGGUAUCGCGAGGGUCAGAUGGCGCCCAUCAGCAACUCGCAGAGGAUUGGCGUGCAGGCCGAUGGCCAGCUGGAGAUACAGGCGGUGCGGGCCAGCGAUGUGGGCAGCUAUGCGUGUGUGGUCACCUCGCCUGGUGGCAAUGAGACGCGCUCAUCGCGCCUCAGCGUCAUUGAGUUGCCGUUUCCGCCCAGCAAUGUGAAGGUGGAGCGUCUCGCUGAGCCGCAGCAGCGCAGCAUCAAUGUGUCCUGGACACCCGGAUUCGAUGGCAACAGUCCAAUAUCCAAAUUUAUUAUCCAGCGACGCGAGGUCUCCGCUGUGGAAAAAUUCUUAGGUCCAGUUCCCGAUCCGAUGCUCAAUUGGAUCACCGAACUGAGCAACGUUUCCGCCGAUCAACGUUGGAUCCUCCUCGAAAACCUGAAGGCUGCCACCGUUUAUCAGUUUCGGGUGAGCGCCGUCAAUCGUGUUGGCGAGGGAUCGCCAUCUGAGCCAAGUAACGUCGUCGAGUUGCCCCAAGAAGCCCCCUCGGGACCGCCAGUUGGAUUUGUUGGUUCCGCGCGAUCAAUGUCGGAGAUCAUUACGCAAUGGCAACCUCCGCUAGAAGAGCAUCGCAAUGGCCAAAUACUUGGCUACAUUUUGCGCUAUCGUCUAUUUGGUUACAACAAUGUGCCAUGGUCGUAUCAAAACAUCACCAACGAGGCGCAACGCAAUUUCCUCAUACAGGAGCUGAUCACAUGGAAGGAUUACAUCGUCCAGAUCGCAGCCUACAACAACAUGGGCGUGGGUAUUUACACCGAGGGCUCGAAGAUCAAGACCAAAGAGGGCGUGCCAGAAGCACCGCCCACCAAUGUGCGUGUUCUCGCCCUGAACUCGACAGCGGUGCAGAUCAGCUGGACACCGCCAAAUCCGCAACAGAUCAAUGGCAUCAAUCAGGGAUACAAACUGCAAGCGUGGCAACAGUUCCAAAUCGAUGGCGAGUAUCGUAACGUGGAGAAACGCAUGAUGACCGUGCCACCCAGUCUCAUUGAUCCGCUGGCCGAGCAGACAACCGUGCUGAAUGGGCUGGAGAAGUUUGCCGAGUACAACAUCAGUGUGCUGUGCUUUACGGAUCCCGGAGAUGGCGUCGCCAGUCAAAUGGUGCGCGUGAUGACCAAAGAGGAUGUGCCCGACGAAAUAACCGCACUGCGCUUCGACGAUGUCUCCGAUCGAUCGGUGACCGUACUCUGGGCACCACCUCGGCAUGUGAACGGUCUGCUCACCGGCUAUACGGUGCACUAUCAGGUGCGCGAUCGUCCCGAGACCAUGAAGACUGUCAACCUGACCGCAGAGGACACACAGCUGACGGUGAAUCAGCUGCAGGCGACCACACACUAUGCCUUCGAGAUAUUUGCCUGGACACGCAUGGGCAGCGGUGCUCCCAAAGCGGCAACCAUACAAUCGGGCGUCGAACCUGUGCUGCCACAUGCCCCCACCAGUCUGGCGUUGUCCAACAUCGAGGCGUUCUCAGUGGUGUUGCAGUUUACGCCCGGCUUUGACGGCAACUCGAGCAUCACCAAAUGGAAGGUUGAAGCGCAGACGGCACGCAACAUGACCUGGUUCACAAUUUGUGAGAUUAGUGAUCCGGAUGCUGAGACCCUGACGGUAACUGGUCUGAUGCCCUUCACACAGUAUCGCUUGAGGUUGAGUGCCACCAAUGUGGUGGGCAGCUCUCGACCCUCGGAGGCCACCAAGGACUUUCAGACCAUUCAAGCGCGUCCCAUGCACGCACCCUUCAAUGUCACGGUGCGUGCGAUGAGUGCUCAACAGUUGCGUGUGCGUUGGAUUCCCUUGCAACAGACGGAAUGGUUCGGCAAUCCCCGAGGAUACAACAUCAGCUAUCGCCAGAUGGACAAGAUGGCGGGCGCUGUGAAGAGUGCACCGCGCAACGUCUUCAUCGAGGAUCACACUGCCAAUUCGCAUGUGCUUGAGGCCCUGGAAGAAUGGACGGUAUAUGAGGUGCUGAUGUUUGCCUGCAACGAUGUCGGCUGCUCGCGUGCCAGCAAUCCGGCCGAGGAGCGCACUCGUGAGGCAACCCCUAGUUACGGUCCGUUGGAUGUGCAGGCGAAUGCCACAUCAUCGACCACGGUCGUGGUGCGAUGGGGUGAUGUGCCGCGACAGCAUCGCAACGGACAAAUCGAUGGCUUCAAGGUGUUCUAUGCGGCCACCGAUCGACCGAGCACAGCGCCUGUGCUGCAUAAAACCAUACCGAACAACAGUUCCUUCACCACCACACUCACCGAGCUCAAGAAAUUCGUUGUCUAUCACGUUCAGGUCUUGGCCUACACACGCCUAGGCGAUGGCGCCCUGAGCACCCCUCCGAUACGUGUACAGACCUUUGAGGACACCCCAGGAGCACCGUCGAAUGUCCGCUUUCCGGAUGUGACGUUCUCGAUGGCACGCAUCAUUUGGGAUCAGCCCGAGGAUCCCAAUGGCGAAAUUCGCCAUUAUCAAGUGACCUACACCCUGAACGGCAGCUCCAAUCUCAACUAUAGUCGUGAAUUAGCAGCCUCGGAUCGCACGUUCCGGGCCACAAAUCUGCUACCCGAACGCUACUACAGUUUCAGUGUGACAGCUCAGACACUCCUCGGUUGGGGUAAGACGGCAACUGUGCUUGUGUACACGACAAACAAUCGCGAUCGUCCACAGGCGCCAUCAGAGCCACAGGUGUCGCGCAGUCAGAUCCAAGCGAAUCAGAUCACAUUCAGCUGGACCCCAGGACGCGAUGGCUUCGCCCCUCUACGCUAUUACACCGUCCAGAUGCGCGAAAACGAGGGUCCCUGGCAACCAUUGCCCGAACGCGUUGAUCCCGCGCUCAGCUCGUACACAGCGCUGGGACUGCGUCCGCACACAACGUAUCAAUUCCGCAUACAGGCCACCAACGAUCUGGGUCCGUCGCCAUUCAGCCGCGAGAGCAUCUUAGUGCGCACCUUGCCCGCGGCACCCGCUGUGGGUGUGGGAGGAUUGAAGGUGGUUCCUAUCACAACAACUUCGGUGCGCGUGCACUGGAAUGCCCUGGAGACAGGCAUGUGGAAUGGCGAUGCGGCUACUGGAGGAUAUCGCAUUUUAUACCAACAACUGUCGGACUUCCCCACCGCACUGCAGUCGACACCCAAGACAGAUGUGAUGGGCAUAAAUGUAAAUAGUGUAGUGCUCUCUGAUCUGCAGCAGGAUCGCAACUAUGAGAUUGUUGUGCUGCCCUUCAAUUCGCAAGGACCUGGCCCAGCCACGCCUCCAGCGGCUGUGUAUGUGGGCGAAGCGGUGCCAACGGGAGAACCGCGUGCCGUCGACGCAGCUCCCAUUUCGAGCACUGAGGUGCGUCUGCGCUGGAAGCCACCAAAGCAGAGCAUGCAGAAUGGCGAUAUUCUGGGCUACAAGAUCUUCUACCUGGUCACGUAUUCACCGCAAGCACUCGAAGUGGGACGCAAAUGGGAGGAGGAGAUCGAAGUUGUGUCCGCCACGGCAACAUCGCAUAGUCUUGUCUUCUUAGACAAAUACACCGAGUAUCGCAUACAGCUGUUGGCCUUUAAUCCCGCCGGUGAUGGACCACGCUCAGCUCCCGUGACAAUCAAGACGCUCCAGGGCGUGCCAAGUGCGCCGCUUAAUCUCCGUUUCUCAGACAUUACGAUGCAGAGCCUCGAAGUUAGCUGGGAUCCACCCAAGUUCCUCAAUGGUGAAAUACUUGGCUAUCUGGUGACCUAUGAGACUACCGAGGAAAAUGAAAAGUUCAGCAAGCAGGUCAAACAGAAGGUAUCCAACACCACGUUGCGUGUACAGAACCUUGAGGAGGAGGUCACCUACACCUUCACUGUGCGCGCCCAGACCAUCGACUAUGGUCCCGCUGUCAGCGAGAAUGUGACCACAGGACCCCAAGAAGGCUCACCGGUUGCGCCACGCGAUCUCAUAUUGAGCAAAACUUUGUCCAGCGUAGAGAUGCAUUGGAUCAAUGGUCCCUCAGGUCGUGGUCCCAUUGUUGGCUAUCUAAUCGAAGCGAAGAAGCGCGAAAAAGGAGAACCUUCAUUUGUGUACGAUUCACGCUGGACGAAGAUCGAGCAGACAAAGAAAGGAACCAUGCAGGACUUUACGGUCAGCUACCACAUCCUUAUGCCAUCGACAGCUUACACAUUCCGAGUGAUCGCCUAUAAUCAAUAUGGCAUCUCGUUUCCCGUGUACUCGAAGGACUCGAUACUGACGCCAUCGAAGCUGCACAUGGAGUAUGGCUAUCUGCAGCACAAGCCCUUCUACAGGCAGACGUGGUUCAUGGUCUCGCUGGCUGCCACAUCGAUCGUCAUCAUUGUCAUGGUCAUCGCAGUGCUCUGUGUGAAGAGCAAGAGCUACAAGUACAAACAGGAGGCACAGAAAACGCUGGAGGAGUCAAUGGCCAUGUCGAUUGAUGAGCGCCAGGAACUGGCCUUGGAAUUGUAUCGAUCACGUCAUGGCGUCGGCACGGGCACACUGAACAGCGUGGGCACAUUGCGCAGCGGGACGUUGGGCACACUGGGUCGCAAGUCAACCAAUCGUCCGCCCACGAAUGUCCAGCUGGGCAAGAGUCCACCGCGUCCCUCGCCCGCCUCCGUGGCCUAUCACAGUGAUGAGGAGAGUCUGAAGUGCUACGACGAGAAUCCCGAUGACAGCAGCGUGACCGAGAAACCAUCCGAAGUGAGCAGCUCCGAGGCAUCGCAGCACUCGGAGAGCGAGAACGAGAGCGUGCGCAGCGAUCCGCAUUCAUUUGUGAAUCAUUAUGCGAAUGUAAAUGAUUCGCUGCGUCAGUCGUGGAAGAAGACAAAGCCGGUUCGCAACUAUUCCAGCUACACGGACUCCGAGCCAGAGGGCAGCGCAGUGAUGAGCCUCAAUGGUGGCCAGAUUAUUGUCAAUAAUAUGGCCAGAUCGAGGGCGCCACUGCCCGGCUUCUCCUCAUUUGUCUGACAAUCAACCGAGUUCUAAGAUCUAAGCAACAGUAGCAGCAGCACCGUCAUCAGAGAGACUUUCGUCUAACAACAGAGAAAGAGACAAAACAAAAGAGACUAUGAGAGAGAGAGAGAGUGAAUCUCACGCCCAAUAUCUCCACCCGGUUCUCCACGAUUCUCAUCCGUUAUUGAGUGUCUGUGUAUGACGCAUGUUUGACUGUUGCUGGUGCGCUGCUAUAUGGACAAUUUAUAGUUAUAGUAGCUCGUAUCUGUACCAUCUAAUUUAUAGUUUCUAGGACGAGAGAUCUGAGAUUUUUAAAGAACAGCAUUUAAUUUCCUAAAUGUUCCACUGACCUGACCCAACCCAGCCUAGAAUUAUUAUUAUCCACAUACGUACAACAUUUUUUUUUUUUUAUGAGUAUACAUUAAUUAACUUAUUUUGUUUAUGGAUCCUACGUACGUCCGUUGUCUGUCACACGCCCACUGCAAACUAUAACCUUUUAAUACUAAAAAAUACUACUUAGCUCGUAACUGGCAUUUAUCGAGAGCAAAAACUUGUGAUACGUAAAUUUUUGCUGAUUGAGUUUUUUUUUUUUUAAUGUGUGAUUGUAAAGUGACUGAGAAUGAGUGUGUGAAUGUGAAUAGGAUUUCGUCCCGUCCCCUGCCCGGUUUAGCCUUGCGCGCAAUCUCAUUAUAUUUAAUAUAUCAAAAAAAUAACAAAUAUUUGAUGAGAGACGACGAUACUCGCAAGAUGGACAACAACGCUAAUAAUAUGUAUUUCAUUUGAGUUAGUUCUCGCGUUGCCUUCGCAUUUAAUUUAUAAAAUGAAUUUGAUGAAAUUUGAAAUACGCGAAGACGAAGCUGUAUGUAUGUGUGUGUGUGUGCAACUGUGCAACUGAUGCAAUCAGUUGCAAACAGUUGUCGAACGCAAAAAACAAAAAGCAAAGAGCAAAACAGUAAACCGAACAAAGAGUAGACAAAAUAAACGAUGACAUAAGAGUAGACCAGAUGAACAACUGAUGAAAACAAUUAGCAUAUCCACUAAGCAAACAAACAAAAGAAAAACGAUGUUCGAAGAGAGAGCUUGAGACAGACAGACAGAGACAGAGAGAGAGACACUGAUCAGGCAGCUCAAAGAUGCGAUCACAACAAUGGUGAUGAUUACGAUGUGUUUUUUUUUUUAAUGAAAAGCUUUUCAUGUAUUCGAGAUACGUAGGUGAAAAAUACAUGUGCUUGUUCUUUUCUAAAUGUAUAAGUAUAGGCCAUAUUAAUGCAAUUCGUAGCACAUAAGCUGACAAUUGCAACACACACAAAACAAAAUACAAACAAAAAAAAAAAAGGAAAACAAAACACAAACCAAGUAAAAAAAAUACCACGACACCACACGAUACGAAAUAUAAACAUACUUUUU